GGCUACUGAGCACUUACAGUACACACAGAAACACUUUCAACAUGACACUGACAGUGUAUGCUUUGCUGGCUUUCAACCUCAGCAUCCUCCUAACAGUGGUGGAGAGUCAAUACAUUCCAAAGACCUGUGAGUGUCCACAGGCUAAAAUAAGAAUCAAGGGACCAAUUUCAGAUUUCAAAGUCACUCCAAAAAGACCUAAAUGUUUACAGGAUGAGAUCAUAGUUACACUGCAGAAAAAUAAUAGUCAAAUGUGUCUCAGUCCGGAAGGACAACAAGGCAAAAGACUCCUGAAAUGUUGGCAAAGCACACAAAAAGAUGGCAAGGACAGCAAAAAAUGCAUACGCAAUUCAAAAAGAUCAAAAGCCAGGACAUAGAAACAGGAAACAGGUUAAAUCAAGGAAGGUCACAUCUUAACCUCAAAUUCUAAAGAUACUGAGGCAAAGAACAUAAGAGAUCCAAAGGAGAGAAUUCUCUUCAAAGUUGUGCAAAGUGCUUUAGCACUGCUGUACAUUUACAAGCCAAGGACAUAAGAAAAGGCGAGGAAUUCAGAGGAGUGCACAUCUAUGGAGGCC